UUCAAGAUCAAAAUUCCAUAAAACAAAACAAAAUAGGAGUAGAUCAAACACGGACCUACAAAACAUCAGAGGUGGUAUCAGGUGCCAUGAAGGAGUGAGCAUUCCCUGCCGACCGGUCACAUCCGCCGUGUGCUCCUUGUCAUGAUCAAGGAAUAACGAAAAAACCGUCGAAAAUUCAGUGUAAAUAAAGGCCUAACAAUUAGUAUGAAAAAAUGUCAAUCAGCAUUUGACUCAAUGAUAAAAUGAUUUAAUGAUAGAUUGUAUUCGAUCGCUGACAAGGCCAUUGUAUUGACUAUAGAACUAACAAAAUGAUGAAUUUAAACGUGACUCCUGAUAUUCUUGUUCCAUAAACUUGUUUGUCAAUACCUUACCUCACUUUAGCAAUUUUCAUGAAAAAAGGUUUUUUUUUUGCAUAUCGAAACAACGGCGAGGUCUAUUAUAUCCCUUCUUUCUCGUAAAACAAAGUGGGUUUCAUUCACCUUGGGUUAUCUUCAAUAAGAAUUUAUGCAUCUUUCAUUUUUUUCCAGGACAAAGUUAUAUUUAAAUUUUGCAAACUCUAAUUUUUUAUUAACAGUAAGGAAGAAAAUCACACUCCGUUAAAUUUCCUGGUUUUUAUAUCGUUUUGAAUAUAAGAACGGAAACAUCGUUUUGAACAAGCGCAAUUUCGAAGUGUAUUAUUGUAUCAUUUUGUUAAUUUGAACAUAUUUCUUUGAAAUGUUUUGACAAGGAUUGUGAACCAUUAGCAUCAUAGCAUCACACUAGAUUAACAUUUAUGUUCUCGUAACAAAAUGGCCUUUAUGGUUUAUUGGUAUUUUUAUUUGUUAUGUAUCUCAUUAACUCGUCAAGAUCUUGUUGGAGAUAAUGUAUGCUUAUUUAAAUCAACUAAGAGUUGCUGCAAAGAUUAUAAACAAGAUGGAAAUAUCUGCGUUGAAUGUGAUCCCGGAUUUAGGGGUAUUAAUUGUUCCUCUUCGUGCCCAAACAACUAUUUCGGGCGAAGAUGUUUCCAUAAAUGUGAAUGUUCAUCGUUUCAGUAUUGCGAUAGUAGAAGAGGUUGUCUGUGUAACGUCACCAGUGAAAAUUGUACAGAUGCCAAUGAACCAGACACAACAGACACGCAACUAACAAAAUUAUUUAAGAUUACAACGAAAACCAGUAGUAAUGAGCAAGCGUAUCAGUCCAGUUCAUAUGUCGUCAAAAUUGGAAUUCCUUCACUAUUGUCUGUCAUUGUUUUUCUGAUUAUUGGACACAUUUGUAUAAGAGUUUAUCAAAAGAAAAAGAAUGAGAACGUUAAAAAGGGUAAGCAUGAUGGCUAGAAUUUAAGCAGGCAAAUUCAAACAAUUGUGGUCCCCCACUUUCGGU